AUGACGACCAGCUUAGUGGGUGGUAUGUUCGCGCUGCCACGAUGUGUAUUCGCAAUGGCUGAGGAUGGUCUUUUGUUCAGCUCGCUAGCUGUGGUCAACGGAAAAACUCAGGUGCCCAUCAACGCCGUUCUGGUAUUCGGUUCGAUAACGGCCUGCAUUGCACUACUGUUCGACAUCGAAACUCUGGUCGAAUUCCUCUCCAUCGGCACGCUGCUUGCAUACUCAAUCGUCUCAGCUUGUGUGAUUAUUCUUCGUUACCAACCAGCUCGAUACCCGGAGGAUGGCAGUUUCGAUAACGGCGGAAAAAUGAAAUUCACAUUCCCCGGAAGUGCAUAUCUGGAGCAAUUCGAUCCCGGUCAUGCGGUCCAUUAUGGUGUGGUGGUGAUGAUGAUUGGCUUCACUGGAUUUGGACUGUGCUUGAGUUCAGGACACUUCCAAGAAAUGGCUGGAAUGGUGACAGCCUCAUUUUUCGGCGCAGUUUCAAUAUUAUCGUUGGUAUUCAUUAUGGCUCACCAUCAGAAUUCAACUCCACUUGAUUUCAAGGUACCAUUAGUACCUGUCGUACCUGCUCUGAGUCUUCUUAUCAACGCCCUGAUGAUGCUCCACCUUGCACCGAUAACCUGGCUAAGACUCGCAGUUUGGAUGGCUAUA